AUGAUAUCAUCAGUAUUAAAAAGAAUUAAUAUCAUCAAAGAAUUCCCCUUACAACAUAAUGUUGCAUUUUUUUCAAAAAACCGUUAUUACGUCACAGAAUCACACAGAAAAUCAUCACAAAAUUUGGUAGAAAAAAUUGUACAAAAAUAUGCCUUAGACUUACCAAAAGGUUACAAGGUAAAAAGUGGUGAUUUUGUUACUAUCAGACCUGAACAUGUUAUGACUCAUGACAAUACGGCUCCAGUGAUCACAAAAUUCAAAAUGAAUAAAAAUAAAUCCAUUGAAAAAUUUGCAAAAUUAAAUAAUGUAGAUUUUUAUCCAGCAGGACGUGGAAUUGGGCAUCAAAUUCUUAUAGAAGAAGGUUAUGCGUUUCCAUAUACAAUGACAGUGGCAUCUGAUUCGCAUUCAAACAUGUAUGGUGGUGUCGGUUGUUUAGGAACACCGAUAGUUAGAACAGAUGCUGCAUCAAUUUGGGCUACUGGUAAAACGUGGUGGCAGAUUCCACCGGUUGUCAAGGUGGAGCUCAAGGGUACCCUUCCUAACGGAGUAACAGGGAAAGAUAAUCUGAAUAAAUAUAAAUCCAUUGAAAAAUUUGCAAAAUUAAAUAAUGUAGAUUUUUAUCCAGCAGGACGUGGAAUUGGGCAUCAAAUUCUUAUAGAAGAAGGUUAUGCGUUUCCAUAUACAAUGACAGUGGCAUCUGAUUCGCAUUCAAACAUGUAUGGUGGUGUCGGUUGUUUAGGAACACCGAUAGUUAGAACAGAUGCUGCAUCAAUUUGGGCUACUGGUAAAACGUGGUGGCAGAUUCCACCGGUUGUCAAGGUGGAGCUCAAGGGUACCCUUCCUAACGGAGUAACAGGGAAAGAUGUUAUUAUUACUUUGUGUGGCAUGUUUAAUAAAGACGAAGUGUUGAAUAGUGUAAUUGAAUUCACUGGUGACGGGGUCGGUGGAAUUUCACUGGAAGAUAGAUUGGCAAUUGCAAAUAUGACAACUGAAUGGGGUGCACUGGCAGGUGUAUUUCCAGUUGAUAAAAUUACAUUACAGUGGCUUAGGAAUAGGGUUGAUAAACUAGAAUUUACUCGAUUUGGAAAUAAAAAUUUACCACCUACGCCAACUGGACAAAAAUUCAUCCAUCCUAGAAUUAAUCAUAAAAGGAUUGAUGAGAUCGAGCAGGAUCCAUUAACGUCAUCGCCCGACGCUUACUACUCAAAACACUUAUCAUUGGAUCUUUCAACACUUUCACCUCACAUAUCAGGACCUAAUUCUGUUAAAAUUUCCACACCGUUAACAGAAAUUGAAAAGCAAGACGUAAAGAUUCAGAAAGCAUAUCUUGUCUCGUGUGUAAAUUCUAGAGCCGGUGAUAUACGUGCAGCUGCACAAGUCAUUAAAGGAAAAAAGGUAGCUGAUGGUGUCGAGUUUUAUAUUGCAGCAGCAAGUAGUGAAGUACAAAGUGAAGUUGAAGCUACCGGUGAUUGGCAAACACUUUUAGAAGCAGGUGCUAAACCUUUACCUGCAGGAUGUGGUCCUUGUAUAGAUUUUUAUCCAGCAGGACGUGGAAUUGGGCAUCAAAUUCUUAUAGAAGAAGGUUAUGCGUUUCCAUAUACAAUGACAGUGGCAGCUGAUUCGCAUUCAAACAUGUAUGGUGGUGUCGGUUGUUUAGGAACACCGAUAGUUAGAACAGAUGCUGCAUCAAUUUGGGCUACUGGUAAAACGUGGUGGCAGAUUCCACCGGUUGUCAAGGUGGAGCUCAAGGGUACCCUUCCUAACGGAGUAACAGGGAAAGAUGUUAUUAUUACUUUGUGUGGCAUGUUUAAUAAAGACGAAGUGUUGAAUAGUGUAAUUGAAUUCACUGGUGACGGGGUCGGUGGAAUUUCACUGGAAGAUAGAUUGGCAAUUGCAAAUAUGACAACUGAAUGGGGUGCACUGGCAGGUGUAUUUCCAGUUGAUAAAAUUACAUUACAGUGGCUUAGGAAUAGGGUUGAUAAACUAGAAUUUACUCGAUUUGGAAAUAAAAAUUUACCACCUACGCCACCUGGACAAAAAUUCAUCCAUCCUAGAAUUAAUCAUAAAAGGAUUGAUGAGAUCGAGCAGGAUCCAUUAACGUCAUCGCCCGACGCUUACUACUCAAAACACUUAUCAUUGGAUCUUUCAACACUUUCACCUCACAUAUCAGGACCUAAUUCUGUUAAAAUUUCCACACCGUUAACAGAAAUUGAAAAGCAAGACAUCGAGCAGGAUCCAUUAACGUCAUCGCCCGACGCUUACUACUCAAAACACUUAUCAUUGGAUCUUUCAUAUGGGUAUGCGUUAUUGAAUUUUAGAGAAAAUGUAGGCAAGUCUAUUCCAAAAAAUUUUAUUUUACAAGCUGACAAAUGGAUUGAUAAAGUGGAAAAUGCUGAUAGUAUUUUUAUUGGUGCCUAUUCACCAGGAAGUUGUGAUGAUUAUACAUCAGGCACUAAUCAUACAUUGCCAACUUAUGGAUAUGCUAAAAUGUAUUCAGGAUUAACAAAAGAAGGUCUUGGAACUGGACUUUUAAAAGAUGGAGAAGUGUGUAUAUCGGCUACAAACAGGAAUUACAAAGGUAGAAUGGGAUCACCAAACGCAUUGGCAUAUCUCGCAUCACCAGCUGUAGUUGCUGCAUCUGCUGUUGCUGGGAAAAUUAGUAGUCCUGCAUACAUUUCAACAUUAUCAACAUCGUCACUGAAAAAUACUACUUCUUCAAAAAUGCCAAUCAUCACCUAUGCCAUUAAUAAUAAUAGUAAUCCACCACCUGAACCAUCCUUCGAAACAUCACAACCAUCAACUGAAUCUAUAAUUAUUCAAGGGUUUCCCGAGACAAUUGAAGGUGAAUUGCUCUUUUGUCAUCAAGAUAAUUUGAAUACUGAUGGUAUUUAUCCUGGAAAGUAUCUUUACGCUGAGGAUUAUACACCUGAUCAAAUGGCAAAAAUUGUGAUGGAAAAUUAUGAUCUUGAAUUUGCAAAAAUUGUAUCAAAGGGUGAUAUUUUGGUUGGUGGAUAUAAUUUUGGUACAGGUUCAUCAAGAGAACAGGCAGCAACUGCUCUCAAAGCAUGUGGUAUUAAUUUGGUGAUAGCAGGCUCUUACUCUCAGACGGUUAAACGUAAUGCAAUAAACAAUGCUUUACUUUGUGUCGAGUCGCCUGAGCUUGUGAAUCUUUUAAAAAGUCGUUAUUCACCAGACUCGUUAACUACCAGAACUAAACUAAAGGGAGAAUUUAUAGUGAAAGAAGGAAAAUUUUUGAUCAGAGGCUUGGAAAAUUUGAUGAAUUUUAAUAUUGGCGUGUUGGGUAAAAUUGUUCAAGAGUUAUGGGUGGCUGAUGGAUUAGAGAAUUGGAUAAGGCAACAAAACAAUUAA